AUGAAGCUCGCACACCUACUUAUUCUGUCCAUGGGCUGUGUAUCUGCUGGCCUCAGCAGCCAAGAUAUCGAAGACGAAAUCUCAAAAAAGAUACGAGUUCACAAUGCAAACGCCGUCAUAAAGUUGCUCAGCCCGACAUCCAUGCUCCUGAGCGCCGCGCGCGUCCUCUCCACCUUCGAGUCAAACGAUACCGCCACGGUACUACAGCUUCCUGAACGCAAUUUUGACCUCCAAACUGCAUCAAUUGUCUGUACGCAACCUCGGACAGUAUUUGAAUUGGUCAACUUCGACAAGGUGUUCAAAGAACAAGUCAAUCGCAUGGUGCAAAGGGCGAACGAGGGCUUGGUUUAG